GCAGCUGUUUGACAGCGGUAAACCACUAGAGCGGCGUACAUUUAUAUUUCAGCUGAUACAAAGAGCCAUAGCUGUAAACUUACCUCCUUUCUCAUUUAUUUUUACUUUAUUUUUUUCCGCCUCUUCUUCCGCUGUCAGCUCGUGCAUCUAAGAGUCGCCCACUGCCACCACCACACAAGUUCCCCCACUAUUAAGCACUGCACACCUUUUCGCUAUUUUUUUCUCGUGCACCCCGAAAGCCCCUCCACCCUCUGCGAGUUGUUUUCCUCUACCUUGCAAACAUCGCUUCCAGCAUAUCACAUCCCCUAUUGCUGCGAAUCCCAGACUCUCGAUCCUCUUAUUCUCGACAUACACAGUUUCGUUAACGCCACAUUCUAGCAAACAUGAGUGUCGUGGGUAUGUAACUCCCCCUCUCUAGCUGCGUCUCGUCCUAGCCGUCAGCUCGUUGCUAUGGCUUGCGCAGCCAUAUCCUCUUUGUGUCUAGUCGCUGACAUUUCUUCCUCUAGGUGUCGAUUUCGGAACCCUUAAGACGGUCAUUGCCGUCGCGAGAAAUCGCGGUGUCGAUAUUGUGCGUAUUCCUCCUCCACACAGCCUUGCGUCCAACCAUCUUGCUAACAGUCAAUCCAGGUCACCAAUGAAGUUUCUAACAGAUCUACCCCUUCAAUGGUUGGCUUUGGCCCCAAGUCCCGCUACAUCGGUGAGGCCGCCAAGACCCAGGAGAUCACCAACCUCAAGAACACAGUCAACUGCCUCAAGCGUCUUGCUGGACGCUCUUUCUCCGACCCCCAAGUCCAGAUCGAACAGCAGUACACAACUGCCACCCUCGUCGAUAUCAACGGCCAGGUUGGCGCCGAAGUCUCCUACCUUGGCAACAAGGAGCGCUUCACUGCUACCCAGCUCAUCGGCAUGUACCUUUCCAAGAUCAAGCAGACUGCCGCUGGUGAACUUAAGCUUCCCGUUUCUGAUCUCUGCAUGAGUGUCCCUGCUUGGUUCAGCGACGCCCAGCGCCGCGCCCUUGUCGACGCUUCCGAGAUUGCCGGCCUCAAGCUCCUCCGUCUCAUCAACGACACCACUGCCGCCGCUCUUGGCUGGGGCAUUACCAAGCUCGAUCUCCCCGCUGCUGAGGAACAGCCCCGCCGCGUCUGCUUUAUCGAUAUUGGCCACAGCACAUACACUUGCUCCAUCGUUGAGUUCAAGAAGGGUGAGCUUGCCGUCAAGGCUACCACCUGGGAUGCCAACUUUGGUGGCCGUGACUUCGACAAGGCCCUCGUCGACAACUUGGCCGCUCAGUUCAAGGAGAAGUACAACGUCGAUAUCUACACCCACGGUCGUGCCAUGGCUCGUGUCAUUGCCGCCGCUGAAAAGACCAAGAAGAUUCUUUCCGCCAACAGCCAGGCCCCUGUCAACAUCGAGUCUCUCAUGAACGACGUCGAUGUCUCCACUAUGAUCACCCGUCAGGAGCUUGAGACCAUGAUUGAGCCUCUCUUGAAUCGCACCGCUAAGCCUAUUGAGGAGGCUCUGGCUCAGGCGAAGCUCACCAAGGAGGAUAUUGAUGUCAUUGAGAUUGUUGGUGGCGGUUCUCGUGUCCCUGCCCUCAAGGAGCGCAUCGAGUCCUUCUUCGGCAAGCCCCUCUCUUUCACCAUGAACGCCGAUGAGGCUAUUGCCCGUGGUUGCGCUUUCAGCUGCGCCAUUCUAUCCCCCGUCUUCCGCGUUCGUGACUUCUCCGUCCAAGAUAUUGUCAGCUACCCCAUUGAGUUUGCUUGGGAGAAGGCCGCCGAUAUUCCCGAUGAGGACACAAGCUUGACCGUCUUUAACAAGGGUGGUGUUCUUCCUUCUACUAAGAUCCUGACCUUCUACCGCAAGCAGCCUUUCGACCUUGAGGCUCGCUACACCAAGCCUGAGGACCUUCCCGGCAAGCAGAACCCUUGGAUCGGCCGCUUCUCCGUUAAGGGUGUCAAGGCUGAUGCCAAGGAUGACUUCAUGAUCUGCAGACUCAAGGCUCGUGUUAACAUCCACGGUAUCCUCAAUGUCGAGUCUGGCUACUACGUCGAGGAGCAGGAAGUUGAGGAGGAAGUUAAGGAUGAGAAGGCCGAGGGCGACGCCAAGGAUGGCGAUGCUAUGGAUACCGAUAACAAGGAGACCCGCAAGGUCAAGAAGCUUGUCCGCGCCGGCGACCUGCCCAUCUCUAGCGGCACUGCCUCUCUUGAUGCUGCCACCCGAACCGUUCUCUCCGAGAAGGAGACCUCCAUGGUUAUGGAGGACAAGCUUGUCGCCGAUACCGAGGAGAAGAAGAACGAACUCGAAGCCUACAUUUACGACUUGAGAGCCAAGCUCGACGAGCAGUACUCUGAAUUCGCUAGCGAGGACGAGAAGACUAACAUCAAGGCCAAGCUCGAGGCUGCUGAGGACUGGCUCUACGACGAGGGUGACGACGUUUCCAAGGGCGUCUACAUUUCCAAGAUGGAUGAGCUCCGCGCUCUCGCCGGACCCAUUGUCCAGCGUCACUUCGAGAAGGUCGAGGCCGAGCGCCAGGCUCUUCAGGAGCGUCUUGAUGCCGAGAAGGCUGCCAAGGCUGCCGAGGAGGAGGCUCGCAAGGCUGCUGAGGCUGAGAAGGCCGCCCAGGAGGCCGCUGAUUCUGAGAUGAAGGAUGCUGAGGCUCAGCCCGAGGACAACUCCGACCCCAAAUAGAUCAACAGAAUAAGCGAGUUGGAGUAAAGUGGUGGAGGCGUCAAAACACAAAAAUGAUGUUAACAAAAGAGUUGUUGCGGGAACGAUUAACACGAUACAAGGAAAUUGGGUUGUUUUUUUCAUAAUGUUAGAUGAAAAGCGCAACGACAUAAAAGGAAAUGGCGAUGGGAUGUCAAGAUAGUAUAGACAGUUUACCUCUUUUUUUAUGUUUAAAAAAUUCACGAAGUUUACAUAACGAUAUCUCCCCCAGUCCCGUCUUAAAUAUCAUGAGGCUAUACCAGUGCACCAGUCUAGACUUUCCAAUAGUGUGCACGCCAAGACUGAAAACCGGGCUUUUUUUAAUUUAAAUUUUAAAUUUAUUGAAGAGUAGAAAUAGCAUUAAAAGACUGAAAGAUACCUUGGUAAAAUACCACAGAAAGACGUGACUUUUGACUCUCAGAAAAUGUAAAAGACGUGAGACAACACUCCCAUGCAUACACAGGCGCAUAUUUAGGGAAUAUCAAAAAGAGGCUUAAGCUUCUUAAUGAGCUGCCACUCAUCCAUGCUGACAUCGGCACGGUAGAAUUCCUUCAAGCAUUCAAUGCUGGGUCUCGAAAUCAUACUGUAGAGCUGAUCCUUCUCUUCCAACUGGCGGCCAUAUGUGGGCUGGUUGCUACCCAUUUCAAUCUUGAUGGCUACCGAAGGCUGACCACGCUUGCAGACGGGGAUCUGCUUGUGCUCACGUUCGAUAGACGUCACUCUACCCAUGCUGAUAAUCUCCUUGGUUCCGGUAAUAGGGUUUGUUUUGACGGCGGCGAUGGGGGUGUUGAUCUUGAGUUGACCCUCAAUAACGUCAACACCAAUGACAAUAGGGCCGGUCUUGUUGAAAACAGCGACGGGGCGAAGAACGCAGGGGAAGAUGGCCAACAUCUUGGACUCUUCCUUCUUCUUCUCCAACAUCUCAGCCUGAUGCUUGUUGAAGGCGUCGAACAAGUGGUAGAUAAUCUCGGCUGUGAAGAUCUUGAUGUUUUGUUCAUCGGCAUACGCUUGGGCUUCCUUGUCAACCUUGACGUCGAAGCACAGCAUGACGGCGUAAUCAGGAGCCUUUUCCAACAUAACACCACACUGCAUAACAUCACGCUUGUAGACGGGGCCGAUACCGACCUGGGCGACAGGAAUCUUGCAUUCCCUCAAGAAGUCGAGCAAGGCUUCGAGCGAACCAAGAGUGGAAGCCUGAACACUGACACCACGACCAGACUUCUCAACACGGCUCAUCAAACUAACGAGAUCAGACUCAACUUCAUCUUCGAUGUCUUCCUCAUCGUCGUCAGGACCAACAACCAUCAGUCGAGAACCGGCAAUAGCACCUUCAAGGCCAGGAGCGCUAAUCUUUACACCCAAAGCGGCCUUGACUUCUUUGUUAUGCACAUAUUGUGACUUGAGUCGCAAUUCGCGAAGCGGUGCUGGCGUAAGAAGGGCACGAAUAUUUGUCUUGAUGGCGCCUUCUGUACCGCACAGUACAAUGCGGUCGCCUUCUCGGAGAAUACCGUUGGACAGAAUAACGUCAAUAGUCAUACCGAAACCUUCAAUAGCCUUGACUUCAAGAACAGUAGCUUGGACUUCUGACAGGUACAUCAGAGAUCCCACCAUUCUUUCCUGUGUAAGCUGCAAAAUGAGCUUCAACAUAUCAGGAAUACCUUCACCAGUGUGGGCGGAAGUGGGAACGAGCGAGACAUUCUUGGCCAUAGACUUGUUCUCGUAGAACAGCUCGGCGUUGAAUCCCUGUUCGGCAAAGGCUAGUUUGGUAUCGUCCAGCCGCUUCUGGAAUUCGUUGUGGACGGCCUUGUUCUGGAAGGCCAAACUGUCUUGGAAGCCGUUGUUGUCAAUCUUCUUCCAGCCGAACAAUCUGUCAAUCUUGUUCAAAGCCACGAUGAAAGGCGUACGGCGUUCGCGCAGCAUGCGCAUGGACUCGAGAGUCUGGGGCUCCAGACCGUGCAUAAUAUCGACAACCAAGAUGGCAAUGUUGCACAGAGAUGAACCACGGGAUCGCAGGUUGGAGAAGGACUCGUGACCAGGGGUAUCGAUGACGAGCAAUCCAGGAACCUUGAACUCAAACUCAUUGUUGGGGUUGACAACGGCGGUCUUCUUCUUGAUGGCAUCAACAGGGAAGUAGGUAGCACCGAUCUGCUGAGUGAUACCACCAGCUUCGCCUUCCUGGACGUUGGUUUGACGAAUCUUAUCCAAAAGCUUAGUCUUACCAGUAUCGACAUGACCAAGAAUACAACAAAUGGGGGAGCGCAGGUUGUCCUUUGAUCUGGCAGCGAGGGCAGCCUGAUGAGCCUUUUCUCUGCGUUCAGCAGCUUCCUUUUUGCGCUGAGCUUCAGCCUGUCUGGCAGCAGAGACGGCUUCAUCUUCGGAAUCAUCGUCGUCGUCAGAAUCAUCGUCUUCAGAGUCAUCAUCAUCGUCGUCUUCAGAGUCGUCAUCGCUGUUCUUAGCAAGCACGGGGAGGUCCUUGGUAGCCUUCUUGUCGUCCUCUUCGUCAGUGUCGGCAUCCCAGCUGUCCUUGACGUCGUCGUCAGCCUCAGCGGCUGCCUCCCAGUCAUCAUCCACAUCGCUUUCGGCGUCCUGGGCAGCGGCUUCGGCCUUUUCCUUAGCAGCCCGCUCCUCUUCUUGCUUCAGGGCCUCUUCGGCUUGUUUACGGGCUCGCUCGGCAGCUUCGGCGAGAGCCUGCUCUUCCUCCAGCUUCUGUUGAACCUUUCCUUUUCUCUUCUUGUUAUCGGCCGCGGGCUUCUUUUUAUCUUCCUUCCCCUGGGGGCCAACAACAAUACCAGCCUCAAGCAUCUGCUGAAGCUUUCGCUCAUUGCGUGCGCGUUCCUCCUUUUGUGCCUUGGUAAGGAAUUUACCCUCUUUCUUCAGCUGUUCAAUACGUUCCUUCUCACGCUGCUUCUUGAUCGCCUUCAACUCCUCUUUGCGAGCCUGGUCCUCAGCGGCGGCACGCUCCUGUUCUUCAGCCUUAGCCUGCGCUUCAGCAAGCAAUCUCUCUUCUUCUUCCUUCUGACGGCGCAGCUCUUCUUGUUGCGCCUGAAUCUUGGCGAUAUGAGCAGGGACCUUCUUCUUCUUACCGCCAGCGUCAGCAGCAGGUGCUGGUGUAGGUGCAGCAGCUGCCUUUGCUUCUUCUACCUUGGCGGCAGGAUUCUCAGCGGCGGGGGCAGGGGUAGUACCCUUCUUCUUUGCAGC